CGCCGCUACAAGAUGUUGCUAUUGAUCAUCCACCGUUCCAAAAUGACCAGGUCAAGAGACGCUGCUGAUAUGGAUGACUCCCUCAGGUUAUCCCUCCAGAGUGUGUAUGAAGAGCAAGAUUUACCAUGGUGCCUAUUCCCCCGCUAGUGUUCCGGUGCCACUGCCACCUUGAUCUCAUGACCUUGUUUGCACAGUCAAAGUCACUCCGCCUCCAACCAUAUCCCCUGCGUGGAUGUUGCCUGGAUGUAUUAUGACUGAUGUAGCGCUACUAUGUAUAUAUCCCUUAAGAUGAAGACUGCUGAAGAGCACAUACUUAACCAGAAGUCCCACGCUUCUCUCCAACCGGUACUCUGCGCGACCUUUAGAAUCGGAACGUUUAGAAUAGGGACGAGAUGCUUCGAUCAAAGCCACCAGCAGAUGCUGAGUCUUUCGGGGCGCAGAUUAACAAGGCGACUCAAUCAGCGCAUACGAAGCUCAACCGCCUCAUCACAUCUCGACUCCCGCUCGCUUUGCCCCCGCAUACAUCCAGUCCAGAUCUCUACGCAAACGGCAUCCUCCACUUCGCGCACAUAUUCUUCACCCUCGAGGCAUCCAUCCGCGACCUCCUUCCCUCGCCCACCGAUGGCACCCGCUCGCCGAUUCACCAGGCACGGCUUAAAGAACUGUUAGAGGAUCCAUGGGUGAACAUCCAAACCUACUCCGACAUUCUCGCCGCAAGGUCUUCCCAGAUUGAACACGCUCAGACGUCCCCCAACCUGCCACCUGAUGACGCAACUUCCCCUCCGCUAAAGCCGAACGCAGUGCUUCUCCAAAUGCUGUCGCACCUGCUUCCCGUAGGCCUUCACCGCACCCCCACGCUCCAAGCGGAUCUCGCAUAUCUUCUCAAUAUCCAGCCGAUCGAUCUCUCCGUCUCCCUAUCCGCGUAUCCAAGUCCUGCCGUCCAAAACAUUUGCCAACGCAUCCGGCGCGUUGCAAACGAGAAGCCGCAUGUUCUAUUGGCAUAUGCAUGGACUUUCUACCUGGCAAUCUUUAGCGGUGGAAGAUGGAUCCGGAGCCAGUUAGUUGCCAGUGGACCUGGAUUUUGGGGAGCAGAUUUUGAUGGCGAGAGCCAUCCUGAAACAGACGAGAAGCCAUGUGCCCAGGAGACCAAGGGACUUGGUCUCUGGUGCUUUGAGGGGGGCCAGGACGGGGAAGAUAUCAGAGCAGGGUUCAAGAGUCAGUUCGAGUGUAUAGGGAACAUGCUUUCCGAAGAGCAGAGGGUUGAGGUGCUUGAGGAGGCCGAAGUGGUAUUUAAAGCUUGCGAGGAUAUUGUCACUGAGUUGGAUACUGAGUUUCGCAACUCUAACACGACACUGGGCGGGACAGAGCGCGCUACGAGCAAGAAAUAUUCUGUUCAUGAUACACCUAGUGGGGUUUUGCGAAAUACUGGAGUACGUCGUGUUGACUGGUUCCCACACGCCAUUGCUGGUGUUGCGGUUGUCGCUAGCGCACUCGGAUGGUAUGCGUUGGGUCGCUCUGGGGUUUGGACAUGAAGAUCUAUCACUAUAGCGUGAACUUCGUGCUGCAGGAUGGACGAUGGAUGGGGGUGUUGGUAUUUGUGGGGGUGUACGAGGGUGGUGGCGCUGGAAUUCAUGAUACCCGUUUCAUAUCGGUCACAUACUCGAUGUUGCAUAAGUAAUUUGCUAUUCAAAUCAAUACGUCGAGA